GGUAAGGGCUCAGUGGAAGAGGAUUCUGGUGGCUACAUUCUAACUACUUGAUACCAGUAAAGUGACUGUCCAGUUUGGCUGAUGUACAUAGCAGAGGGGCAUUGCUGGCACAUGAUGGCGUAUAUAACAUUGGUGGAUGUGCAGGUGUUUGAAAUAUCUUCUGCAAGAUGAACUUCUUCCUGGAAACACUCAAAGUCCUGGUGCUCUCAAUAUAUUUCCUGUUAGAAUCUCUAGUGUUGUUGUUUGUUCCUGUGCGAAAGAAGAGUGUUGCUGGUGAAAUAGUACUUAUAACAGGAGCCGGAAGUGGAAUUGGAAGACUUCUAGCAUUAAAAUUUGCCCGCCUUGGAGUCACCCUUGUUCUCUGGGACAUUAAUCAAGAAGGUAACAAGGAAACAAGUAAACUAGCUAGAGAAAAUGGAGCCGUGAGAGUGCAUGCUUACUUGUGUGACUGCAGCAAAAGGCAAGAGAUCUACAGAGUGGCAGAUCAGGUUAAAAAAGAAGUUGGUGAUGUUAGUAUCCUAAUCAACAAUGCUGGUAUUGUAACUGGAAAGAAGUUCAUUGAUUCCCCAGAUUCACUUGUGGAGAAAACCAUGGAGGUGAACACCAUGGCACACUUCUGGACUUACAAAGCCUUCCUUCCAGCCAUGAUGGCCUCUAACCAUGGACACUUGGUUAGUAUUGCAAGCUCAGCAGGACUGAUUGGAGUCAAUGGGCUAGCAGAUUAUUGUGCAAGUAAAUUUGCAGCAGUGGGCUUUGCAGAAGCAGUUGGUUUAGAAAUGCUGGCUCUAGGGAAAACCGGCAUUAAAACCACUAUUGUGUGUCCUUACUUCAUCAACACAGGAAUGUUUGAUGGUUGUAAAACCAAGUGGCCAUGUCUACUUCCUAUUCUAGAUUCGAACUAUGCAGCUGAGAAAAUUGUGAGUGCUAUUCAACGGGAGCAAGUGCUUCUGCUGAUGCCACGAAGCAUGUACUUUUUAUGUUUUCUGAAAAGUAUUUUGCCUGUGAAAAUGGGAAUACUCCUUGGAGACUACGUUGGGGCCUUCCACUUCAUGGACCACUUCAGAGGUCGAGUGAAGAAGGACUGAAAAUAAAGAAUGAAAAUAUCCAAUACUAGCAGUUCUAAAUUAAUGGACCAGUUUAGAGUUUAAAAAAUGGCCUGCUGUUUCAGCUGCACAGAACUUGCCUUCCGUAUAACUGUGCCUCAUGCUUUUGUUAAUUAACAGUUUUAAUCAACAGUUUCCAACACGAGCUGUCUCUCCUUCAUUCCCUGAAUAGCUAUCCUCGAUCUGAUGCCUGUCAAAGUCUCUUAUCCUUAUUGAAUGAGUAUAGGUAUCCAUUUCACAAACUAAUCACAAUUGACACCUAUAUGGGUAUUCUCAGUUAAGAAACAGGGUGUAAUGGGCUGGGAAGCUAAAUUGACUUUGCAUGCUUUCAAGAUAGUCCCCUCCAGAACAAUAUUGCUGUGAGGGCUGUCUGAGAAAGCUUAUCUUUGUCAUUGCCUUUACUGUUCAGUUGAUGGUUGGAAGUAUUUAACUUUCAAUUUCCUGAGCUGUUCGGCAUCUUUUACGAGCACUAAAAUUCACAUUCAUAAAAUUAAGUAAAGUGGCAGUUGUACACACUGAAAAUAUUUUCCAUACCUGUGAUGUUGAUUCACUAAUCAAAUACAUCUGAAGGGUAAUAAUCAAUUUACUAUUAACAUCUGUGGAAAAGAUUCCAAUAGCCAAUGAUUAUAGAUGUAUCCCUUCCAGAGAUGGGCCGAUAACAAUUGUACAUGCUUGUCUGAUUACAAAUGUUAACUUCUAAAUAAAUGCCCAUAUUUUUAGUA